AUGCGGAGCUUGGUGUUCCUCGCGGCGAUCGGCCUAACCGCCGCCGAGGAUGGGCUGAAUGCCUGGUUGCGGUAUGCCCGGAUCGAUGGCGCAAGGGGCUAUCACAACAAGCUCCCGUCCGCCAUUGUGACUCUGAACGCCACGCAGGGGUCACCAAUACAGACGGCGGUUAACGAACUUGUGCAAGGCAUCGAUGGCAUCUUCGGCAAGAAGGUGGCCGUGACUGGCGCGGACAAGCGUCACCGUCCAAUGACCGCGGCCACGGUCGGAACGGUCCAUGCAUUCGUCGACAGCAACCCCGGCGCCGCAAAUGAUCUCCCAGAGCUGGUCGAGGACGGCUUUUAUCUGAAGGUGUCUCGAGGAAACGUCCUGAUCCUCGGCCAGAACGAGCGCGGGACCUUGUACGGCGCCUUCCACUACCUCUCGCUGCUCGCCCAAGGCAAUGUCUCGGAUUUCUCGCUGGCCUCCAACCCGGAUGCGCCCAUCCGGUGGGUGAACCAGUGGGACAACAUGCAGGACGGCGGAACCCACGGCAGCGUUGAGAGAGGUUACGGCGGCGACUCCAUCUUCUUCUGGGACGGCAAAGUGCGGGAGGACCUGACCCGGGCAGCGCAGUAUGCCCGCCUUCUCGCCUCGAUCGGCAUCAACGCUGUUGUCGUCAACAAUGUCAACGCGGACGCCAAGACCCUGACCGAGGAAAACAUGGACGGCCUGGCGAGGAUUGCGGACGUCUUCCGGCCGUACGGCGUCCAGCUCGGUCUGUCACUCAACUUCGCUUCUCCGCAGACACUCGGGGGGCUCCCGACCUUUGACCCGCUGGACGAGACCGUCAUUUCCUGGUGGCGCGGCAUCACCGACUCCCUCUACCGCAGGAUCCCCGACAUGGCCGGCUACCUCGUCAAGGCCAACUCGGAAGGCCAGCCGGGGCCCAUGACGUACAACCGGACGCUGGCCGACGGCGCCAACCUCUUUGCCCGCGCGCUGAAGCCGCACGGCGGCAUCAUUCUCUUCCGCGCGUUUGUGUACGACCACAGGAGCCUCAACCAGACGCUGGACUGGAAGGCCGACCGGGCCAACGCGGCCGUGCACUACUUCGACGGCCUCGACGACCAGUUCGACGACAACGUGGUCAUCCAGAUCAAGUACGGCCCCAUCGACUUUCAGGUGCGCGAGCCCGUCUCGCCGCUCUUCGCCCACCUGAUCAAGACCGGCACCGCCAUCGAGCUGCAGAUCAGCCAGGAGUACCUCGGGCAGCAAGCCCACCUGGUCUACCUAGCCCCGAUGUGGAAGGAGAUCCUGUCCUUCGACCUGCGCGUCGACGACCAACCCUCCCCGGUCUCCUCCAUCCUGAACGGCAAGCGCUUCGGCCGCAAGCUGGGCGGAUACGCGGGCGUGGCCAACGUCGGCACCAACACGACCUGGCUGGGCAGCCACCUGGCCAUGUCCAACCUGUACGCCUACGGGCGGCUGGCCUGGGGGCCCGCUUCCUCCCUCUCGGCCGAGGGCAUCCUGCAGGAGUGGAUCAAGCUGACCUUCAGCUCCGACCGCAAAGUCCUCGACGUCAUCACGCGCAUGUCCAUGGCCUCGUGGCCGGCCUACGAGAACUACACGGGCAACCUGGGCAUCCAGACGCUGACCGACAUCCUGCUCGGCCACUACGGGCCCAACCCGGCCUCGCAGGACGGCAACCCGUGGGGCCAAUGGACGCGCGCCGACGCCGACUCCAUCGGCAUGGACCGCACCGUGUGGAACGGCACGGGCUUUGCGGGGCAGUACCCGCCCUCGCUAGCCGCGCAGUACGAGAAACCCGACACAACACCCGACAACCUGCUGCUCUGGUUCCACCACGUGCCCUACACCCACCGGCUGCGCGGGUCCAACAAGACGGUGAUCCAGCACUUCUACGACGCGCACUACGCCGGCAGCGCCACGGCGCAGACCUUCCCGGCCCUCUGGCGAUCCCUGCGCGGCCGCAAGGGCGUCGACCGCGAGCGCUACGAGCACGUCCUGUUCCGGCUGACCUACCAGGCUGGGCACGCGCUGGUGUGGCGGGACAGUAUUAAUACGUUCUACUUCAACAAGUCCGGCAUUGCGGACGAGCUGGGCCGGGUGAAUAAUAAUAAGUAUCGGAUUGAGGCCGAGGAUAUGCAGCUGGACGGGUAUGUGCCCUACGCGGUCAGUCCGUUCGAGGCCGCUAGUGGGAGCCGGUGCGUGGUGACCUCGCGGGGCAACGGGACGGACGCGAGGGGCGAGAUGAGGACGGUCUUGCCCGGGUGGGUGAAGACGGGACGGUACGAUGUCGCGGUCAAUUAUUAUGAUAUGGCGAUUGGGAAUUCCACGUGGGAGUUGUGGAUUGAUGAUCGCCUGGUGGGGAACUGGAAGGGGGAUCUGGAGUAUAUCCUGGGCAAGGCGCCGAGUCCGUAUAUUGAUGGGCAGACGGCGACGAGGGUGACGUUUGAGGGCGUGAAGAUCAGGAAGGGGAGUGUGUUGCGCAUUGUGGGCACGCCGGAUGGGCUGGAGCCGGCGCCGGUGGAUUAUGUGUCGAUCCUGCCGGAGGGGCUGAGCAGUGGUGUCAAGCAUUUCUUGAUUCGACGUGAAAACAUCGUCCUGAAGUCAUCGGUAGAUGGUUUCACGGAUAGCUCCUGUGGUUCAAGGGCCAGCGUUCUGAUGUUCUGA